UAUUGUGACAGGGAGAGGAUGAGGUAAUUGGCUUUCUAUGUGAUAGAGAAAGGAAGCCCUCUACUUCAUUAGACACCCAGUGAAUCAAAAAGGAGGGGACAUACUUUACCCACAGAUAGUUGACUCUCGAUAGUGAAAUUUCCUGAGAUCUCAAUUUAGAAAAAUCCCAAGUGUGGGUCUCACUCUUCUAGUUCCUGAACACACACACACACACACACACGCAUCCCUUGGGCCAGAUUAGUCAAGUUAGUAAAGCUUCAUGGGAAACUGAACACUGAAGAGAUUUUUCAAAUUGAAUCUUACUAGUUCCCAAAGUGGCUGGGACCCAUCGGAAACUGAGGUGACGGCCAGCACCGUCAGCUGCCUUCCCUGCUUCUUGGUGCAGAAGCCGAGCGAACUGUUUGAAAACGUCUCAUUCACACCCCAGCUGAAGACACCACAUUCAAAGCAGAACGUGCCUCUUCCUUGGAUAGACAGGGAGAAGCGUUGUUCUGCAGAUAACCCUCCGAGGUGCUGAGAACACAACCCUCUGGGUUUUCUUUGCUUGUGUUGGAUGGCGUUUGCUUCAGCAGCUCACUGACGGCUCUUUCCUUGGAAUUCUGAACUCAAAAUUCGGAAUCUAGACUGGGAACAUGAUGAGUUCCAUCAAGUGUGUGUUGGUAGGAGAUUCUGCUGUAGGGAAAACCUCUCUGCUAGUGCGCUUCACCUCAGAAACUUUCCCGGAGGCUUAUAAGCCCACAGUGUAUGAGAACACCGGUGUGGAUGUCUUCAUGGAUGGCAUCCAGAUCAGCCUGGGCCUCUGGGACACAGCUGGCAAUGACGCCUUCAGGAGCAUCCGCCCACUAUCCUAUCAGCAGGCAGAUGUGGUGCUGAUGUGCUACUCUGUGGCCAACCAUAACUCUUUCCUGAACCUGAAGAACAAGUGGAUCGGUGAGGUCAGGAGCAACCUGCCAUGUACCCCCGUUCUGGUGGUGGCCACCCAGACUGACCAGCGGGAGAUGGGCCCCCACAGGGCCUCCUGUGUCAGUGCCAUAGAAGGGAAGAGACUGGCCCAGGAUGUGAGAGCAAAGGGCUACCUGGAGUGCUCAGCCCUAAGCAACCGGGGGGUACAGCAGGUGUUUGAGUGUGCCGUCCGCACCGCUGUCAACCAAGCCAGGAGACGCAACAGGAGGAGGUUCUUCUCCAUGAAUGAGUGCACGAUCUUCUAAACCUCAAAAGACUUUGCCCACCAAAAUCUUCUAAACCUCAAAAGACUCACCCCAGAGUCUGUUGAGGACAGGGAGAGCAAUUGAGCCAGCAAGGGUAGAAUCAGCAGAAUUGUCCUUUUGGAUACAGUUGCUGAUGGAACUUGUCCACUGGAUGUUUUUACUAAGUAUACCUCUACCAAUGAAUCUUUCGCCCAGUCCAAUUAGAAGAUCUUUUGGGAAGCUGUCAUGAGUAGCCCAUCUUUGAUUAAAAAAACUAAAAUAGUUUCAAUAAUUUUGGACAAUGAAGUGAGUUACCCAAAGAGUUCCAUAUUUAAAGAUACGUUUUAUUUAAGCAGUAACAAAAUGUAUAGCUUUUGUACAUAAUUAUUUUUCACACUUGCAGUCUUUUCUUGCGUAUUCACUAACACAUACUGCUGUAUGAGUGAAAUAGUCUUUUUUAUUGUGCCAUAAAUUAAUUGAGUUAUUUUCACCCAAAGUAGUCAUUUUGUUGACAUUACUUGCCUACUACAUUUUACUAGGUAGUCAAAUUUAAAAUGACCAUAAACCGAUCUUUGCAAUGAAUUUUUCACCCACUUGUUAUUUGGAGUUGUAUAUGAAAUACGGUACAAUGACAUAAGAUACUUUAAUAUUGCCUGAUGAUUUUUAAACAGUUAGCACUAUAUUUCCCUGUAAUUAUUUAAAAAAAUCUUUUCAUAUUACAAUCUAGCCUUUGAUCCCAAGAACUACAAUUAUGUACUACCCUCUCAUUUACUGAACAAGGUUGGAGGGAAAGCUUUCAGCCAGAGAAUCAGACUCCUCCAAGGUCUAACAUCAGAGCCUGGAAGAGAAGCAAGAAAUUCUCACUUUUAUUUCAGAAACUACUGUAUUUUGCCUGCUUCUCCCCACCAGUGUUUCCUGUCAGGUUGGUGGUCUCACGAACGAGAGCAGGCUUGAAGUUCUGUCUGCAUUUGUCCUCAUUUGAACUCUAAUCUGAGUUGGCAAGGCAACAUAAUUUAUUAAUUUUAGGAUCUAAUCAGAAUAAUUGGGAAGCUGUCUACAUAUGCAUGUGUAUAUGGGGGAAAGUUCAUUAAUAACUUUUACAUGAAUAUGAAGCACUUGAAAGAAAAAGAAGGCACAAGCACAAGCACAAGGAACAGGAUAAUUGUAUAGCAAAUGCUCAGAUCACAGCAAAGUUUUCAGGGACAACACUGAAUAAGUAGAGACACACUUACCCUUCCUAAACCCCAGUCUAUCUAAGACCUUAACAUUGAAAAACUGUUAAAGCUGAGAACAGAGGACUAUGUAAAUUGAGGAAGAGAUUGCAAAGGCAGGCACCUGGGUAUAGAACUUACUUACCUAAUCAAAUAAAACUUGUUACUGUUAUUAAAGUAUGUCAUUUUUCUGACAUAACAUGCCCAUCAUAUAUAAAUGGUAAGACAGCUGGCAUUCAUGACACUGAUUAGAUUAAGUUGAUAUAACCAAACCUAUUUUGCAAGUUUCCUAAAGUGGUCACUUCUUUUGUGCUGCAAUCAGGGGCCAAGUAAAAUUUGUGUUCCUCCCCCACACUGCUCUCUGCUGCCCUCAACCUCUCAUUCACAUCCAGGAAGAGGCCAGGGAGCUGGAUCUUA